CAACCAGCAGCAGCAGCAGCAGGACAGCGGAGAGAAGCAGCGAGGAGGACACCAGACCACACCAGACAGAGUAGUGACUGUAGAGCAGGUGGACUGCUGGGCUGCUCCACCACCUCCACCUCUCUCUCUCCAGCUCUCCGUCUGCUGCCAGGUGAAUUAUCAUUCUCGUGUUUCUAACCUGAAACACACAGAGGACGAGCUGCGGAGCGUCGACGCACUUUAAAGGGAGAAAACAAGAGACGGUGGACUGACAGUUAAAGACGAAGAGAGGUCGUUAAAGUGGACAAGAAGACACGACGUGAGGUUGUUUAACUGCUGUCUGAAGCCUUUACACCAGCUAUACACAGGUGUUGAGUGUGUGUGCAGGUGUUUUGUUGACAUGCAGGUGAAGACAUGAAGACAGAGAGGAGGACGGUCCAGUGUCCAGUUUAACCGUUGACUCAUUAUCGUUCUCACUCUGACCGUUGGUGACCGUUGGGAACCAUUGGUGACCAUGAAGGACACUGGAGAGUCAAAGGAACACCAACUAACUGUUGCCUUGAGGGUCCGACCGCUCAGCGAUGCCGAGCACGAGGAGGCGGCUACGAUCGUGGCCCACAAAGUGGAUGACCAGGUGGUGGUUCUGUUGGACCCCAUGGAGGACCCAGACGACAUACUGCGUGCCAAUCGCACCAGGGAGAAAACCUACAUGUUUGAUGUGGCGUUCGACUACUCGGCCAGUCAGGAGGAGGUGUACCGGGCGACAACCAAAGGGCUGAUUGAGGGACUCAUAUCAGGCUACAAUGCCACCGUGUUUGCCUACGGACCCACAGGUUGUGGGAAGACGUACACCAUGUUGGGGACAGACAAGGAGCCAGGCAUCUACGUACGAACGCUGAACGACCUCUUCCGUGCCAUUGAGGAGACCAGUGACGACAUGCUGUACAGCGUCUCCAUGUCCUAUCUGGAGAUCUACAAUGAGGUGAUCCGUGACCUGCUGAACCCAUCCUCAGGCUUCUUGGACCUGAGAGAAGACUCUAAAGGAGUGAUUCAGGUUGCGGGCAUCACAGAGGUGUCUACCAUCAAUGCACAAGAGAUCAUGGAACUGCUGAUGAAGGGCAACAAGCAGCGCACCCAGGAGCCGACAGCCGCCAACCAGACGUCGUCUCGCUCCCACGCUGUGCUGCAGGUGGCCGUUAAGCAGCAGAGCCGCUGUCGAGACGUCCUUCAGGAGGUCCGCUUCGCACGCCUCUUCAUGAUCGACCUUGCCGGCUCCGAACGAGCAGCGCAGACCCAGAAUAGGGGUCAGCGGUUGAAAGAGGGGGCCCACAUCAACCGCUCCCUCCUGGCUUUGGGCAACUGCAUCAACGCCCUGAGUGACAAAAACGGCACCAAGUACGUCAACUAUCGAGACAGCAAGUUGACUCGACUACUGAAGGACUCGUUGGGCGGGAACAGCCGAACUGUUAUGAUAGCCCAUAUAAGCCCCGCCUCUGUGGCUUUUGAGGAGUCUCGUAACACGCUGGCGUACGCCGACCGUGCCAAAAGCAUUCGAACACGGGUAAAGAAGAACCUGAUAAAUGUGUCAUACCACAUCGCUCAGUACACCAACAUCAUCUCAGACUUGCGCUGCGAGAUCCAGCGGCUCAAGAAGAAGAUUGCAGAUCAGGCGAGCCGCCAGCUUAACCCAGACCGGGCUGACAUCCGCCAUGUCCAGGCGGAGGUCCAGGCCCACUCCAGCCACCAGAGUCGGGCGGAGAUGGACCAGUUGAGGGAGCAGCUCCUGGAUGCCUUCCGCCAACAGAUGGACAUCAGGAGGAAUCUGAUGGAGCUGGAGAACAGCAACAUGGGGAUCCAGAUCGACACCUCCAAGCACCUGCUAACCAUUGCAGACUGGGAGCAGGAGCGGAGUAGACGCAGGAGGAAGUGGCGGGCCGAAAGGAGGAAAGAGAGUGUCAAUAAGGACGAGAGCGAGAAGGACUCUGACUCCCCGGAGUCUCCUCCAGACAGCACAGAGACCCAGCAGGUGGCGAUGGCCCGAGAAAACCUGGUGACACUCAUGGCUGAACAGAAAAAGAUCCACAAACAGAAGGCGUCGCUGGAGCGCAGAUUUGUGGAGCUUCGGGAUCGGGCCCGGCGCUUGGAGGAGCUGCUGCCUCAGCGGGUGAGCUCAGAGGAGCAGCGCGAGGUCCUGUGCCUCCUCUGCAAGGUCCACGAGCUGGAGAUCGAGAACACGGAGAUGCAGUCCAACGCGCUGCUCAAGGACAACGUCAUCCGCCACAAAAACUUUGUGGUGCAGCGCUUCGAGCAGCACAGACACCUGUGUGACGAGAUCAUACAGCAGCAGAGACAGUUCAUUGUUGACCACAGUCUGCUGGUUCCUCCUCACCUCCAGGAGCUGUAUGAGAUGUACAUGAGGGAGCUGGAUGAGAGGAAACUGGACAGAGCCAUGGCCCUGGAUAAAGUGACCACCAGACACACCAUCAAGGAGGGCUCUCUACCCAAGAUCACCCUGCCCGGUCAUGGUCGUGACAACAUGCAGGACAUGGACUCGGACCAGGAGAGCGUACGCAACAUGUGCUCCGAUAACCGACGAGGCCAAGCCAAAAUCCGUAGACACACUCUGCCCCCCAUCCUGCAUGAGCCUGAGCUCGACAACAACAGGGUUUUUAAGAGCAGCCCUCACGCCAGGCAGCUGAAAAACUCGGCUGUCGUGACCCCGCCUCCCAUCCACAUAAACGGGAAAGGCAACAGAGAGCUGCAGCCGCUGGCUCCUGAGAGCUCUCUGAGCUACAGCCAUCUCAGCCACAGCGUCAGCAGCCACCUGGACUCCUCGCCCGAGAGCAGCGAGGCCGGGGCCGACAUCCCUCUGUCACAAAUUGAGCGGCAGCAGAUCCUAAAGGGGGUCCAGAACAUCGUGGUAAAAGCAGCCCGUCGGCGCUCCAAAGCCCUGGAGGUGGACGUCCUGCGGUUACCCCCUCCCCCAUCUCCCCUGGACCCCAAGAAGCAGAAGAGCAGCCUCUCUCUGAGUGAGGCGCCCCCUAGAGGUUUGCCAAUGCGGCGCGGCAGGCAGCCCAGCCCCGAGCUCAGACACGCCACCUCGGACGACAACCUGUCCAGCAGCACGGGCGAGGGGCCCGGCCUCCAAGUGACCUGGACACGCCCACGCAACCGCCAGAUCGCCACCAAAAACCAAACGCCCCGCGAAGUGGACUUUGAGGCUCGCCGCAAGAAGAGACGCUCACGCUCUUUCGAGGUCACCGGUCAAGCACUGCCUCAAACCAAGACGACCACAGCUCAGAGGUUCCGUCCUCUGGACAGCACAUCAGACCACUAUCUCUACAACAACGCUCAUCCCCAGGCUCCCCUGCUCCGCCCCCAGUACAGAGGGGUCCCUCCUCUCGCCAAAAUCAGGGCGCCGCACAACAUCCAGCAAACAGGCUCUAAUGCAGACUCCUCCACAGGCCACAUGAAUAACCUGAAGCGAGGACCCCAGCUGCGGCAGCCUCAGCCCCUCCUCUACAUCACCACCACGGGCACCGGGGGCCAGCGCACACGCAGACACUGACUGAGCAACCACCAGCAAUUUAUCCUCAACACCAGCACUAACACCAGCUGAGCCUGGCGGGGAACCCAACGCACCCCCCAGCCCAACAGUUAACCCCUCAGUGACUGACAUCAGGCCAGACUGUGUGAGGCAGUACGACACCGAGUGACGGCGCUGACAGGCUCUGACACCUACAGACGCCAAAGAUUGCUAGACGUACGGUCCGUGUUCUGUUCUGUCACGUGUUUCCACUUUGCUGUCGUGCUGAAUUGUGUGUUAUCCUCAAGUCAGGAUGGUGUCAAGCUCACUAUGAAUGCAACACUGUACUAAUGUCUGUGCACUAUGAGUAUAUACAGUUUGGUCAUGUUCAGUGCUUGUUAUGAAGCUAAUGGGGGAUGUUUAUGAGGCUCAACCUCAUUGAAAUGACUGGUUUUAUUAGACGAAGCAUACAAAAGCUGAGAGGAUAUUAAACUAACGGCAAUGUAAAAAUUGUAUAAUGAGAAAUGGCCUACUGUCAAACUGUUUCAGCAUAGGAUUUUUUCUUGUAGUGAGGUUGUUUCAAUUAAAUGACACACUAAUAUUUGAUCAUCUUGAUUGUUGUGCACUUCUGGAUUGAAACUCAAUGUUUUAUUCUCACACGGCCCGGGUCUAUGCCUUUUCUUACCCAAACGUGACCGUUUAAUGUCAUGUCUGUUUGUGUAGACGUGUUGUACCGCAAGUUGCUUUUUCCAGAUUAGUCGGCUGUUAUUUUUACUGAGUUAUUUAACUGUUGCCUUUUCUUUUAUGUUGUUGUCAGCGACAUUUGUUUUCAUAAUUACUACUUUCUAUGCUUUAUUUUGUACAUUUUUUUAUUUGUACCCAAAUAAAUUCAAAUGAGAUAAAGUGAAAAA